GCAACCUUAUUCAGAAGAUGUUAUUAAUGGAUUGCCUGAGUGGUGUCGGUCAGGACAAUCUGUCUGGAUGGCACAUGUGCCACUUAUUUAUGGAAUUUAUCGUGAGUGGCACAUGAUUGAUCGUGUUAUGAGACAGUUUGGUUAUUUACAACAUAUUCUUGGACCGUGGACCCAGUUUUUCGAACAUCAUUUUAAGCGUGAUAAACGAUCCAAAAUAAAACAAGAGGAUAUAGAUGUGUUUAACUACACACAAUAUUUAUGGGAACAACGUCAAAAUCGUAUUUUUCGACCUCCAUAUGUAAGUGAUCAAGCAGAUUACUUUCGUUGGUACAUGAGGCAUUCCGCAUGUUCAUUGGAAAUUCACAUGUUGUACAGAAAGGGUAUCAACACAUGGCAGGAAGACAUGAGGCAUUAGCUAGGGGUCAUGAAAUGCAGUAUCGUCGAGCUCGGAUGAUUGAAAAUGAUGAAAAUCAAUCUAAUGAAAUGAGACAAUAUGCGGAGGAAGUCGCUCGUAUUUCAAUGGAGUCAAUGAAUGCGACCUUCCAGGGAACGCGAUUGAGCUUUGCUCCUGAUUACGAUGAACCACCACCAGUACAAGUAUCUCGCCGAUCGCGACAAACAACACAUAGAGAUAGUGCACGUCGAGGUAGAAGGAGCGUUGGUGAAGGUCGUGGUCGAAAUCGUGCGGAGCAUCAUUUGAUUGAUGGAGAUAAUUUGGUUGAUAAUAACACACAUUUGGUGGUUACUCCCGAGCCUUAUUAUCCCACACUUGAUUUUUCUGCAGGCCCCUCUAACACUAAUACUAAUUUUUCAAGUCAAGAAACAGUUGGUUUUGUAACUCCACAUGUUUCGCUAUCUGGUUUUGCGCAAUUCAGCGGAUCUCAAUAUGGUAUUCAGCAUGGUAUGCGUGAAUUUCCAAUACAUAAUUCUCCAUUUGGUGGGAGGUUGAAUUUUUCAAAUGUAACCGUGUCCCAUGAUCCAAGGUUUAAUGCUGAAGCUUCACAACAUUCAAUUUUUGAUAGAGAAAAUCCACCUCGAAGAACAUCUAGGCUACACAAAUCAACUAGAUGUGGAACAGGUAGUCACUAUCAAAAUGAGAGAGAUUCUGAAAAUGAAGACGUAGAAGAAUCGGAAAACUCAGAAGAAUAAUU